AUGACUGCAUCAUUCUUGUUGUUUAUUUUAAUUCUUGAGGCAAUUGUACCAAGUGUCCAUGGAUGGGGUCUAGAAGGACACGCACUUGUUGUCCGUCUAGCUGAGAGUCAAUUGACUCCGGAAGCAUCCGAAUGGAUUAAACCGUUGUUGCCUUGGUUCGUGUUUGGUAACUUGACAGCUGUCGCUUCGUGGGCCGACGACAUCAUUCACGAUAAUUCCAACCAUUUCGACUAUAUUAAUUGGCAAUGGACUCGAGCAUUGCACUAUAUCGAUAUGCCUGACUGGAACUGCAAUUACGAUCCACAGCGAGAUUGCAAGAAUGACAUUUGUGUCGAUGGUGCACUAAGAAAUUACUCACAGCGGCUGAUUGCUGCUGAUCUAGAUCAUAUACAACAUAAAGAAGCACUCAUGUUUCUUGUUCAUUUCGCUGGCGAUGUUCAUCAACCGCUGCAUGUUAGCUUCGCAGGAGAUUUAGGCGGAAACAGAGUGAAAGGGUUCUUCAUGAACAAUUCACGCGAGACAAAUCUUCAUUCACUAUGGGAUAGUGGACUCAUUCAUUGGCGUAUUUCGCACGAGUUUCAAUCGAAUUUCGAUCUCUAUUACGAAUAUCUAUAUACACUCAUGCGCAAUCAAACACCGACAAUUCACAAUGAUGAUUUCAAACAAUGGAUUAUAGAAAGUGCAACGCUAGUGUGCCAGCAAGUUUAUUUCGAUGAAACUAAUGUAACCAUGAAUGCUUCAGCCAUUUUUCAUCUGGGCAACAUCUACUAUAUGAAAAAUAUCCCCGUAGUUGAACAACGUAUCAUUAGAGGAGGUCAACGAUUAGGUUCUCUACUCAAUAGAUUAGCAGCUAAUCGUCCGAAGUCACCAGCAUCGUCACCGGAAAAGCUUUGUUGGGGCACAAUCGCUCUCAUCGUCGUAAUUGCCAUCGAACUGGUUGUUGUUAUUCUUGUCUUUAUAGGAACUCGCAUGGCCAAACGACUAAAAGAAAAAACUACAUUAUCAUUUUCUAAUCCUUUUAUGAAAUAA